UCGGUUUUCUCAGGACCUUUUCUUCCAGAAGACAGAAUUGCGGUUGGGACUUUGGUAUCGGACAGCGCGACCAUAUAUGCGUGGUCAGUUCAGUCAGACAUCUGGAGCUACUUAUUUCCCAUUGGCGAAUUCUUUGGCUUGCUGAGCAUGAUCGAUAGGCUCACGAUCUACAAGACGAGAAGCAACUCCAGUCUUGCAGAGACUCCGUUCCCCCUUCAUCUCCUUCCAUCUCCAGCAAGGGAGGGAGAAGAGGAGGAAGGAGAAGCUAGUUACCGAAGCUUAUCACUUUGGGUAUUCGGAAAUGGACGGAUACGAGUUCGAGAGGGCUGAGCUAGCUGCACUGGAGCGCGUCGUAGCUGAUCCAAGCGCAAAGGCGAUGAGUCUGACGUUUUCCCUUCUCAGGCGCAUAACAAAUGAUUUCUCCAGUGAAUCUCAAAUUGGCCAUGGUGCAUUCGCAGUAGUUUACUUGGGGGUUCUUCCAAGCGGGUCAUGUGUUGCUGUCAAGAAGCUUCACUCAGUUAUUGGAUUGGAUGAAGAUGAAUUUUAAAAUGAAGUUUUUAUCACGAUGAGGGUUGCUCACAAGAACGUAGUGCGACUCGUAGGCUACUGUAGUCACACGCAAUCUGAAGUCCUCGAAUACGAUGGAAAAUCUGUUUUCGCAGAGGCCAGACAAAGGUUGAUCUGUAUGGAGUAUGUGCCUGAUGGAACCCUUGACAAAUAUAUCACUGAUGAGUUUCAUGGAGGACUUGACUGGAACCAUCGUUAUAAAGUUCUCAACGGAAUUUGCCAUGGUUUGCGUUAUCUACAUGACGAAGUGCGCAUUAUUCACAGGGAUAUCAAAGAAUCAAAUAUACUGCUGGGGGAUAACCACGUGCCGAAAAUAUUCGACUUUGGUUUUUCCACGAGCCUUCGUGAUGGAGAAUCUUUAAGUGUUGACAAAGGUAUCCACGGAACCAUAGGAUAUAUGGCGCCGGAGUUGAUUACUGACAGAACAUAUUCCAAUAAGUCCGACAUAUUCAGCUUUGGCGUUGUGAUGAUGAAAUUGUUGAUUGGAUCGACUUGCGCCAGUGAGAACCGCAAUGUUGAGCUAAUACUUGAAAAGUUGAGAAAAAGGUUGGUGAAAGGAGCGUUUUCAUCAUGGGAAAAUAAUUACCACCAAGUUAGAACAUGUCUGGAAACUGUGUAUAGCUGCAUGGACAUGGACCCAGAUAAGAGGCCUACUGCAUUUGAAAUUAUCCAGAGGCUAGAUGAAACCGAAAGUACGGACUACUCAGUUAGCAGUGGUCAUGCACCACCACUUUGGCAGCCAGGAGAUGAAGAAUCCGAUUCAUCGGACGUGGAUGCUUCUGAGCUUGAGAGAACACCAUCAAACGAUAUUCUUCCGAGUGACGAGGAACCAACCUCAGCAGACACGACUGGAGAAACGAGCACACAAGAACAUAACAUGUGUGCUGUUGUAAGUAAACUUUCAGGGUCCGCGGAACUGUCCUCAUUAGAUUUCCUUGAGAGAAUCACAGAUGGUUUUUCAUACGAACGAAUAGUUGGGAAGGACAGUCUGGAUGCAGAUUAUCAUAAAGCAUUUGUUUAUGAGGGAAACAUUUCAGGUCGAACAAUGGUAGCUGUGAAGAGGUUAAUUGGAGCAAAAAUUCCAGUUGCAAAGUUUACGAGGGAUGCCGAACAGUUCAUGAGCCUGGAUCACAAGAAUAUAGUAAAGCUCCUUGGCUACUGCCACGAUGAAUCUAGAGGGCAUAAGCUGGUACAUUUGAAAGGAAAACCACCCCAAGACUUCAAAGGAGCCCCCGAGCAACUGCUCUGCUAUGAAUAUAUGCACAAUGGAAGCCUUCGUGAAUAUCUUAUUGGACAUGGAUCUCGUGAAGUUGAUUGGCACAUGUGCUACAAACUGAUCAAAGGGACAUGCGAAGGUUUACGUUACCUCCAUGAGGGUUGUGGAGAUCGUCCAAUUCUUCAUUUGAAUCUAAGCCCGUCAAACGUACUGCUGGAUGAAAACAAAGUUCCACGCAUCACGGGUUUCGAUUUUUCAAAGCUCAUUGGUGAAAAGAACACAAAAUCCGUGAAUGCUCAGAUAAAGGGACCAUUAGCUUACCUGCCACCUGAUUUCUUCCACUCCAAGGGUACUGACCUCAAAUAUCUAGCUACGGUGGACAUAUACAGCUUGGGUCUUAUGAUUCUAGAUAUUGCAACACAUCAAGGGAUCAAGGGCAACCAUGACAUACUUAUUAAGACUGUCGAGAACAAUUGGAGGCAAGAUUCACAAAUAGCAACGUUGUAUGGCUCACUGGAGGAUAAAUUCCAAGCGCAAGUAAAAAUGUGCAUUGAUAUCGGCCUACAUUGUGUAAAGUCAAUGCCUGGAGACAGACCUACUGCCGGGGAGAUCAUACGAUGGCUUGACAAAGGGAGCAAACCAGUCCCAGGUCAAAGACCAUGAGUUGCCGAACCUCCACUCCGUGCUAAUGCCACCCCUGCAGAUGACCACAUACAAGAAAAGGAGAAACAGACGCCAUUGAGGAGACUUUUCAGAAGAAAGUAAUGCUCAAGUUACUGAAGACAUUUGCGUGGCAGCUGCAAUGGCGAAAGUUUCUUCCAAUUGAUCUCUUGCAGCAGGCGUCAACUGGCGUCACUUGCAGGCUGCGGGAACAUCGGUUACUCUGUUUUCUGCUCUUCGUGCUCGGUGCUCUGUUUUGCCUUGAUGUUUUAGAGUUGUAACUUUCAAGGGGCAGUUUUUUGUGUAUAGAUGCAAUGUGUAUAUAGUUUACGCGGGGCUGGAGAAACAUUCAACAAAGUUAAUGGUUUUGAUUUUUCUUUUUAAUAUAACAAGAGAUCAUGGAUGAACUAGCAAGAGAAGAAACGAAGAUGCGGCUGAUCUCAAGCUUCGGCAAAAAAUAACAGGAUUUUUAACUCAAAAAGAUAUUGACCUUCAGAACAGAAUUCUUCAGUUUUCUGAUGAUCGACU